CUCUGUGAGUGCGGCUUACAUGCAUCUCGCACGGUGUCUUGCUGACACAGGAUCUUCUCCAUCAAUAAGACAGCGAAUGGAAUUGGAAUAUCUGCGCGAUGCGCUCGAGGGAUUGCUGUGUGCCAUUUGUGCCAUGAACCCACCGAUUACUGUGGGUUUGAUCUCACGUUUCGUGAACUCCCACUUCCCUUCGGAUGAGAGUCUGGACGUUGUGGCCGCCGUGCUGCGGUCGGAAGGCGUAAUUGACACGAUAUUCGAAAGCACAGAAAACCCGUUAUUCGAAUGCUGCUCCCAUUUGACUCGUUGUUUACAUGCUGAAACAAUACAAAACCAACAAAACGAGGCUAUUCGGUAUAUGCGUCUGUUCGCGCGCCUCAUGGAUGUCAACCAGCCGACCUCUCUGCGCAUUCACGUGGGAGCCCUUGUGUGCGAUAAGAUCCUGCCGCGGUUGUUUGAUCUCUUCACUCCUCCGCUCCAUCAUAUUCAGCCUUCACCUUCUUCGUUUACUUCACAUUACUCUUCUUCGCUCUCUCUCUGGAACGUGCGUCGAGUAGCCGUGGAACUUUGUAGAACUCUAAUGAUCCCUUUGGAACGGCCAUCUGAGCAGUGCUCACCGACGAUGUAUCAGACCUGUUUGGCUCAUCUGCUCUCAGAUACACUGAAGAACUCAAUAACACGAAAUGAUUUCAUACUCCCCGAAUUUAUACAAAGCUUGCUUUUGGAGGCCAGCAAACCCGUGGUUGGUACACGCACUAUUUCUGUGUUCGCUAUUCCAACUGACUAUUCGGACGAUUCACUCGCUACCAUGUUGACAGGCCCCCCAGUUUCCCCGUCUCACGUUCCACCCAUCGACUCACUGUCCCCCAGUGGUCUCUGCGCCUGGAUUCGUGGUUGUGCGCGCGACUUGCAGUUUAACUAUCACAUUCAUCCAAGUCAUAUUCCGGCAUUCCUUUCGCUACAAUGCUGUGAAACACCUCGACAAGAUGCACACUUGUCCGUCAUGCACAUACGUUUGUUGAUCUGUUCUCUCCUUUUUCCGUUUGUAUCGAUCCCACUGGAGUCGUCCUACCGAACCCUUAUCACCGAGUUGCCUGCUCUCCGUGGAUUCGAGCUCGCUUUGGCGAGGACGUCCUUUGUGAUUGGUAGAUCUGUCACCACCAAGGUUUGGAACGAUGCCUACCACCUCCCUAUUGGUGCCGAAAGUGAUUUGUGGGAUAUGAGACAAUUGACGCAAUCACUGUUUCCCGAUUCCCAGACCGGCUUCGAAUCUUUGUGCUUUUUGGUGCGCUCCUGCCCUCAUCCUCAGGUUCCUAGUUCACCUGCCCUUCAGAGCGAGAUCUUUAAUCUGCAUCAAUGUUCAACCGACUGCAGACCAGCUUUCUCGUCUAUAUUAUCUGAAACCGACGUGUUGCAGUUUCUAGCCAAAUUUAUUGUUCAGCAUACAGUCAUGCAUUCUUUUUCCAUGUCUACUUGUUCAUCCCAGAACACUACGCCAAGAAACAUAAAAUUUGAAUGUUGUUCGAUUGAACAGGCUAGCUGUUCUCCAGCGGAACUCGAGCAGCCGCCCCCCGUUGGUUCCGAGCCUCUGUGUGGUUGGGGCGAGUUUCUAAUGCGCUCACUGAAGAGUACUGUGUCAGCCUCAAUUUUUACUCCUCCUUUUAGCUCUUCAAUAGUUUUUCCGAAAUCUCAGCGAACUGCCUUCGCACAUUUUGGACCCAGUGACCCGGGAUGGGAUUGUACCGUUGCGCAACCUGCCCCGCUUCAUCAUCUGCUGUCUACAGCUCUUUUUCUUUGUUUACCUGGCUACUCCGAGUGUUUGACAGCGAUUAACGUACCUGCACCGCCGGGGAGUCGCGAGCUAGUUUCUCAAUGCGUGCGGCGGCUGGAAACUUCACUCUUACUGCGUGAUCUUGUUCAGUAUGAACUUCGGACCAUUCAUUCACCGUUGAUGUACCAGCCAAGUGGAGUUGAAGAGCUGGCCGAACUUACGUCCCUUGCAAGCCCUCCAAAUUUGCUCACGUUCGCACUUGAUGCUUUGUGUUCUUAUUAUCUUAAUUUCCGUUCUAACUCGCCGCGUCUCGUUGAGGUUGCAACUAUCGGAUUCGAGCACCUUUCGACCGGCGUUCUAGAUCUAAUCCUUGCUCUUCUUGAUUGCAUCUCUCACAGCUCAUCGCAGGAACUACGCUCAUCGACACAAAUCGCCACACUCGAUUUUGCUCCAGAUGCUACGGUUUCGCGCUCCACUUCUACUCGAAGGCAUCAUCGACUCAUUCACCUCGCUCGGGUCGAUUUCAAACGACAAUUAUCCGCUUUGACUGCUGGUGCUACAGAAAAGUCUGCUUCAACCAAGUCUACUACUGAGUCAGCAGCUCGAUCAGCGGAAUCGACGAGUUCCGUUUGGGCGAAAGGCACUGGCUUUUGCACUGGAAGCUGCACCAGUGCAUGGGACACAGAGACUCUGAAUAGAAAGGUCCUGAUCGAGGAUAGCUAUGCAAUCAUGUUCUUCAAUGUGCUGGCAGCAUUUUUGUGGGCUUUCGCAGUGGACGGACCGAAGUGCUUGGUUCGUCACAUCUCGCUGCACUUGUCGCAAUCAAGCCUACUCUCUUUGAUUACCAGCUAUUUGCGCAACGAUUCUGCUCUCGAUUUAGCCAUGCGUGUCCCACUUUAUCGCACUAUUUUUCGUUUCCUUCGCGUUGUGGCCCACUGUCCCCCCAUGUAUUGGAUUUUCACUACUACCGACCAAGCAGUUGGGCAAGUUGAGUCUUUACUGACACAGUCAUCUUGCUUAAGCGACCACUGGUACACCAAAUCAUCGUCCACUUGGCUUGAACACCUCUCUCACCCAAUGGAUGAAUCACUUCCCGACGGAUUGGACCAUUCUUGUCCUAUUCGCUUACUACGGGAUUUGCAAAACUACCUUAUCACAUACGAACGUCAUUUUAAGAAAUUAGAUUUUCCCUGCGGUGAAAGUCCACCUUUAUCUACGGGACCACAAAUUCCGGUUUCUGCGGGCUCUCAUGUUCGUGACAUCAGUGUUGGCAAAAGGAAGACCGGGCUGACUCGACAGCAUUCGGUUCGGUGCAGAAAUCCUCGAGGUCAAACGAAGUCGGAAAACUUUGGUGUUAAGCUUUUGGACAAAGUGCCCAUCAAAGCGAAAGCGUCUCUGUCUGGGACGAUGGAGGUUAGCACUAACGAAUCCGAGACGGAGACAUUAACUGCUUCAACGCCCCUUGAUCCCGAAGUAAAUCCAUUUGAUUUGUUGCAAUGGAAGAGGCAGUCUACUCCGGUUGGUUUGCUCCAACUCAGUCGUGGGCCCAUCGAUAUUCGACGGAAUGAUUCGCAGCUUGUUUCACCAGCGCACGAUGAUCCACUAAACUGUUCUGAAUCCGUUGUUGAAAGCUACGAGACUUUGGGGGACUCUUCGAGCACCACUAUUCCACAUCAGGAAACGCACCUCAAUAGGUUGGAGCACUUGAAACCGAUAAGAGGUAAAACCGAUGAUCAUACUGCCAAACACGCACUUUCCGAUAACGAUCCUUCUGCGGAACCAAAUCAUUGCGCUCCUUGUUUAACAGAGUACUCUGACAAGUGGACUCCCUUGACCCAGCCCUCAUCAUCGCAUCAGACUAGGAAGACACCACCACCUGGAGGCGACUUGCACUUGUUGAUUGAUGAAUUGCGCAUCACAUUCUCUAUGGCUCGCUUGCUCGUUCGACUGAUGGAACAGGUGGUGUUGCCGUCUAGUGGCAACACAACUGUUCACGCCCAUGAUCGUAUUUCGCAGCCAGAUCCGACUUCCUCUACUGUUCUUACUUCUGGAUCCUGCCGCAACCAACAGAUGUACUUCGAACGGUUGCACCCGUUCCAGUUCGACUCAACUUCUCCGUAA